GACGCGGGAGUCUGCUGGCCUAGCGCUCUUUCCUGGUGGCCGAGGUGAGUGUCCCCUCCCCCUUGCCCCUGGCUUGGACCUGUCCUGCAGGCACCCUGUGCUACACGCUCGCCCUCCGGCAUGCUUCCAGUCCGCGUCCCGCUUGCCCCGCUGGCCUCCAAGCAGCCGCCGCAGCCGUCGCUCCGCCUCUCCCCCAUGAAGGGCCUCCACCUCGCCGACAAGGAGAACACGCCCCCGUCGCUGAACAUAACCCGGGUGCUGGCCAGCAAAACGGCCCGGAAGAUUUUUCAGGAGCCCCUCGAGUCGGUGGUGACUUCCAUAACUCCCAUCAUCCCAGCCAGCCCUAGGGUGGAGGAUGAACCUUUACUUAAGGAGAAUCCGCGUCGCUUUGUCAUUUUUCCUAUCCAGUAUCACGAUAUCUGGCAGAUGUAUAAAAAAGCAGAAGCUUCCUUCUGGACCGCCGAGGAGGUGGACCUGUCUAAAGACAUUCAGCACUGGGAAUCCCUGAAGCCAGAAGAAAAAUAUUUUAUAUCCCACGUCCUGGCAUUCUUUGCAGCAAGUGAUGGCAUUGUAAAUGAGAAUUUGGUGGAGCGCUUUAGCCAAGAAGUACAGAUAACAGAGGCGCGGUGUUUCUAUGGUUUCCAAAUUGCUAUGGAAAAUAUCCAUUCGGAGAUGUACAGUCUUCUUAUUGACACGUACAUUAAAGAACCGAAAGAAAGGGAAUUCCUCUUCAAUGCCAUUGAAACCCUACCAUGUGUUAAAAAGAAAGCUGAUUGGGCACUUCGUUGGAUUGGUGACAAAGAAGCAACCUAUGGUGAGCGUGUUGUAGCCUUUGCAGCGGUAGAGGGAAUCUUCUUUUCUGGUUCUUUUGCAUCCAUAUUCUGGCUCAAGAAAAGAGGGUUAAUGCCUGGGCUCACUUUUUCCAAUGAACUCAUCAGUAGAGACGAGGGUUUACACUGUGACUUUGCUUGCCUAAUGUUCAAGCACCUGGUACAUAAACCUUCUGAAGAAAGAGUAAAGGAAAUCAUCAUUAAUGCUGUUAGGAUAGAACAGGAGUUCUUGACUGAGGCUUUGCCUGUAAAGCUGAUUGGGAUGAAUUGCACUUUAAUGAAGCAGUACAUUGAAUUUGUAGCAGAUAGACUUUUGCUGGAACUGGGCUUCAGCAAGAUUUUUAAAGUAGAAAACCCAUUUGACUUUAUGGAAAACAUCUCAUUGGAAGGGAAAACAAAUUUUUUUGAGAAGAGAGUAGGAGAAUAUCAGAGAAUGGGAGUAAUGUCAUCUUCAACUGAGAAUUCUUUUACUUUGGAUGCAGACUUCUAGAGGAAUUGAACACCACUGGGGUUUUCUUUGUGUGAACAGAAAAUCUGUAUAAGCGUAAAUCAAGUUCCACAAUGAGUUGACCGCUAAAAGGCCAUUCAAUUUUUGGAGGCCACUGUUAACCUCAUCAGGUAGUCUAGUUUGAGUUCUGAGAGUGGUUCUUCACCUAGGAUGUGAGGGUUAUUCUGACGAGCUUCUCAGAUCUUUGUAAAAUAUCUGAAAAUAGAAGUUGUUGUCCAUGUUGAUGUGGUAAGCAAAUUGAUUAUAGAUGACUUUCGGUAGCCUUGUUAAAGCUUGAGCCACUGGGGGCUCAAGGAUGGGGAAACCCUUUAAAUUAAAUUUGAUUCAUUCUCCAUAACUUCCUGGUCCUGGGCAGAACCUCCACACAGUUGGAAGACAUCAACCUCACUGCUUCAAAGCAGACUUAAAGUUUACUAUUUUUAAAUAGUUUGUAAAUAAAGCUGGCACUUUACUUGAAUAAUAAAGAUACUCUGUACUAGGAAAGGGUGGCCGGGAGGCGUAGUCAUUGAUUUGGUCUAGGACGUUUUCAUGUCCACACUCCUGCGGUUGCAUUUAAAAUCAGGAACAGUGGGUUCCAUUUUACAGGUGAGGAAAUUGGCCCGAGGCCACAACCAGGUAAUUGGGACUAGAUCCUAAGCUGAGACUCUAGAUGCGUUCUUUCUAUUAAACCAUCCUGCCUCUA